CUACCUCUGAACAGUGGGGACGAGAGCUACAAGCUGCGCGUCACUGGCUACGUGCAGGAUGAGAUUUUUUUCUACCACAGCAAGCCCUUGUCCUUCGAGAGUAAGAGAAUGUCUGUCUUCAUUCAGACGGACAAGACGCUCUAUAAGCCAGGGCAGGAGGUGAAGUUUCGGAUCCUCACGCUCUUCUCAGACUUUAGGCCCUACAAGGCCUCCGUGAACAUCCUCAUUAAGGACCCCAAGGGCAAUUUGAUCCAGCAGUGGCUGUCCCAACAAGGUGAUCUGGGAGUCAUUUCCAAAACUUUUCAGCUGUCUUCACACCCAAUCCUUGGUGACUGGUCCGUUCAAGCUCAAGUGAAUGGCCAGACAUAUUAUGAAUCAUUUCAGGUCUCAGAAUACGUGUUACCAAAAUUUGAAGUUGUUCUACAGACACCUUUAUACUGUUCUUUGAAUUCUAAGAAUUUAAAUGGUACCAUCACAGCAAAGUACACAUACGGGAAGCCAGUCAAAGGAGAUGUAACAGUUACAUUUUUACCUCUAUCAGUUUGGGGAGAGAAGAAAAAUAUUACAAAAACAUUUAAGAUAAAUGGAUCUGCAAACUUCUCUUUUAAUGAUGAAGAAAUGAAAAAGGUAAUGGAUUUUUCAGUUGGGCAUUCUGAGCACAUGGAUCUGUCCACCCCGGGACCAGUAGAAAUUCUAGCUACAGUGACAGAAUCACUUACAGCCGUCUCAAGAAAUGCCAGCGCCAAUGUGUUUUUCAAGCAACACGAUUACAUCAUUGAAUUUUUCAAUUAUGCCGCCGUCUUGAAGCCAACUCUCAACUUCACAGCCACUGUGAAGGUUACCCGUUCUGAUGGCAGCCAACUGAAUGAGGAAGAAAGAAGGAAUAAUGUCAUCAUAGCAGCGAUACAGAGAAACAAGACCAAUCUCUGGAGCAGGUGGAACAGUGAAAACGAAGGAAUGGCAGUGUCUCAUGUCACAAAUCACACUGUCCCCCCGGAUGGAGUCUUUAAGAUUGAGUUCCCAAUCCUGGACAGUACCAGGCAGCUACAAGUGAAGGCCUCUUUUCUUGAUAGUGAAGGUAGCAUGGAAGUCCACGGCAUGUUCACAUCCCCUAGUAGGACAUACAUCCAGCUAAAGACAAGAGAUGAAAAUAUAAAGGUUGGAUCCCCUUUUGAGUUGGUGGUUAGUGGCAACAAGCAACUGAAGGAAUUUAGCUAUAUGGUGGUAUCCAGGGGACAAUUGGUGGCUGUAGGCAAACAAAAUUCGACAACCUUCUCAUUAACACCAGAAAGUUCUUGGGCUCCAAAGGCCUGUAUAAUUGUGUAUUAUAUUGAAAAUGAUGGAGAAAUUAUAAAUGAUGUUCUAAAAAUUCCUGUUCAGCUCGUUUUUAAAAAUGAGAUAAAGCUCUUUUGGAGUAAACCUAAGGCUGAGCCCUCGGAGAAAGUCUCUCUGAGGAUCUCUGUAACGCAGCCUGACUCCAUAGUUGGGAUUGCAGCCGUUGACAAAAGUGUGAAUCUGAUGCAUCGCUCAAAUGAUAUUACAAUGGAAAAUGUGGUCCAUGAGUUGGAACUUUAUAACACAGGAUAUUAUUUAGGCAUGUUCAUGAAUUCUUUUACUGUCUUCCAGGAAUGUGGCCUCUGGGUGUUGACGGAUGCCAACCUCGUGAUGGAUGAUAUUGACGGUGUGUAUGACACUGCAGAUUAUGCCGAGAGGUACAUGAAGGAAAAUGAGGAGUACUUAGAUAUUCAUGAUUUUUCUUCAGCCAGUAGUCCACGUGUCAGAAAGCAUUUUCCAGAGACUUGGAUUUGGCUAGACACUCACAUGGGAUCCAAGAUUUACCAGGAAUUUGAAGUUACUGUACCUGAUUCCAUCACUUCCUGGGUGGCUACCGCUUUUGUGGUCUCUGAGGACUUAGGUCUUGGCCUAACACCUGCUCCCGUGGAGCUACAAGCCUUCCAACCAUUUUUCAUUUUUUUGAAUCUUCCCUACUCUGUUAUCAGAGGUGAAGAAUUUGCUUUGGAAGUAACCAUAUUCAAUUAUUUGAAAGAUGCUACUGAGGUUAAGGUCAUCAUUGAAGAAAGUGACAGAUUUGACAUUCUAAUGACUUCAAAGGAAAUCAGUGCCACAGGACACCAGCAGGACAUUCUGGUUCCCAGCGAAGAUGGUGCAACUGUUCUUUUUCCUGUCAGGUCCACACAUCUGGGGGAAAUCCCGAUCACAGUCAGAGCCAUCGCACCCAUGGCCUCUGAUGCGAUCACCCGGAGGAUUUUAGUAAAGGCUGAAGGAAUAGAAAAAUCAUAUUCAGAAGCUGUCUUGUUAGACUUGACUGACAAACAAACUACCCAGGAAGCGUUGAGUUUCUCGUUUCCCCCUGAUACGGUCAGUGGCAGUGAAAGAGUUCACAUCACUGCAGUGGGAGAUGUCCUCGGUCCUUCCAUCAACGGCUUAGCAUCUCUGAUUCGAAUGCCUUACGGCUGCGGGGAGCAGAACAUGAUAAAUUUUGCUCCGAACAUCUACAUUUUGGAUUAUCUGACUAAAAAGAAUCAGCUGACAGAUAAUGUAAAAGAGAAAGCCCUUUCGUUUAUGAGGCAAGGUUACCAGAGGGAACUUCAGUAUCAGAGGGACGAUGGCUCUUUCAGUGCUUUUGGGAACAGUGAUCCUUCUGGGAGCACUUGGUUGUCAGCUUUUGUUUUAAGAUGUUUCCUUGAAGCUGAUCCUUACAUAGAUAUUGAUCAGAAUGUGCUGCACAGAGCAUAUAAUUGGCUGAAAGGACAUCAGAAAUCCAGUGGUGAAUUUUGGGAGCCAGGAAGAGUGAUCCACAGUGAACUUCAGGGUGGCAGUAAAAGUCCAGUGACACUCACAGCCUAUAUCGUGACUUCUCUCCUGGGAUACAGAAAAUAUCAGCCUAAUAUUGAUGUGCGAGACUCUAUCAACUUUUUGGAGUCUGAGUUCAGUCGAGGAAUUUCAGACAAUUACACUCUAGCCCUUGUAACCUACGCACUGUCCUCCGUGGGGAGUCCUAAGGCCAAGGAGGCUUUGAAAGCCCUGAGCCAGCGUGCAGAGGAGCAAGGAGGUGAGCGGUUCUGGGCGUCGCCUGCGUCCACCCUGUCCCAGGGCUGGCAGCCGCGCUCUCUGGACAUUGAGGUGGCGGCCUACGCGCUGCUGUCCCAUUUCCUGCAGGGGCAGGUGCCCCAAGGCAUCCCCAUUAUGCAGUGGCUCAGCAGGCAGAGAAGCGGCCUGGGAGGGUUUGCGUCCACGCAGGACACUAUUGUGGCCUUAAAAGCCCUGUCCGAAUUUGCAGUCCUGAUGGACACGAAGAGAGCAGGUGUCCAAGUGACGGUGACGGGGCCGAGCGCACCGCAUCCUGUGAAGUUUCUGAUUGAUACACACAACCGCUUUCUCCUUCAGACAGAAGAGCUUGCUGUGGGACAGCCAACUGCAGUUAAUAUAACCGCAAACGGCUUUGGAUUUGCUAUCUGUCAGCUCAAUGUUAUUUAUAACGUGAAAGACUCAGGGUUGGUUAGAAGACGAAGAUCAGCUGAGAAUCAAGAAGCCUUUGAUUUAGACGUUAACGUAAAAGAUAAUGAAAAUGAUGUCAAUCGUGUGAAUCUGAAUGUGUGUACAAGGUUUCUGGGCCCAGACAGAAGCGGCAUGGCCCUCAUGCAAGUUAACCUUCUCAGUGGCUUAGCAGUGUCGUCGGAUGCAAUUCCUCUGAGUGACAUAAUAAAGAAAGUGGAACAUGAUCACGGGAAGCUCAACCUCUAUUUAGAUUCUGUAAAUGAAACGGAUUUUUGUGUUGAUAUUCCUGCUGUGAGAAACUUUAAAGUUUCAAAUACCCAAGAUGCUUCAAUAUCCAUAGUGGAUUAUUAUGAACCAAGGAGGCAGGCGGUGAGAAGUUACAACUCCCGAGUGAAGCUGUCCACUUGCGACCUUUGCCGAGACGUCCAGGGCCACUGUCCUUGUGCGGAUGGAGCUCCGGGCUCCCAUCACCGUUCUUCCGUCCUGUUCAUCUUCUCCCUCCUGCUUCUGUGCUCUUUGCAACAUUGGCUGUGAUUUAUUUUUUAAGGACUCCAUGUAAAACGAACAUUUCCAGAGAUCACACGGGAUCGCUUUGUUUUCAUAGUUGAAUAUCACCUCUGGCUGUUUUGAAAAACAGUGUUUUCAUUCCGUGGGUCUGGGGGGAUGGUCUAUAACAGGUCCCAGCGGGUAAAGUUGUGUAGAUUUCUUCACUUGGCCUUUGUGUGAUCAGAAUGGCUGUAUUUUUAUUUCCCCUAUUUGAAAUCAUUAAAGAUCUUUUUGGGAAGGUU